AAAUCCUUCACCUACAGUAGUUCGAACCUCGCUGUCCCGACCGGCGGUUCUACUUCAAUCUGUACGGCUGAUUGUAAAGGACUAAACCACAAGCCUCAUCACCAUGAAGAGGCCGUUAGAACAUGCACAGGUUCCUGCAGCCAAAAAGCGGUCGACCUUGGACAUCGACACAAAGUCAGCAUUCCGCAACGACUUAUUCGAACCCAACACCCAGAAGUCGUUCCGCUCCUACUACGAACAAUCCGGUCCCUAUCCUCAUGCCGUUGUCCCCUCUUUGAUCCAAGAAGACCUCCUCCGCGCCGUGCGCAACGAGAUCACGACUCACAUCCACUUUACUUUGAAAGAGACGGACAUCUAUCGAAUCCACCAGUCUGGCGACCUAGCCAACUUGUCCAACCUCGACGCAGAAGCAUUGAAACAUCUACCGAGCCUGGUCAGACUUCGAGAUGCACUGUAUAGUUCGGAGUUCCGACACUGGGUGUCUCAUGUCACAGGCGCAGGAAAAGUCUCCGGGAGCAAGACCGAUAUGGCGGUCAAUGUCUACACUCCAGGGAGUUACCUGCUCUGUCAUGACGACGUCAUUGGCAGUCGAAGAGUCAGUUAUAUCUUAUACUUGACAGAUCCAGACCAUCCAUGGCAACCGGAAUGGGGUGGAGGAUUGCGAUUGUUUCCUACGGAGCCGAAACGGAACAAGGCUGGCGAGGACAUCAAAGUCCCUCUUGCAGAGCAUAGUCUCAACAUCCCACCUUCUUUUGGACAAUUGAGUUUCUUCGCCGUACGACCAGGCGAGAGCUAUCACGACGUCGAAGAGGUAUACCACCCCAGCGAGCCUGAAGUCGAUGGCGGCAGGAUCCGCAUGGCCAUCAGUGGGUGGUUCCAUAUCCCUCAAGAAGGCGAAGACGGGUUCGAAGAAGGAAUCGAACAGGCACAAGCACAGAGAUCCAGUCUCGCACAACUGAAAGGCGCUGCAAACGAGUUCGAUGAACCACAGUUGACAUUCCGACAUUUCGACGAACCUCGCAAUGUCAUGGACAGCAAGGCCGCAAAACUCGAGGUUGACCCCGGCGAUGACCUCGACACAGAAGAUGAUCUUCUCACUGAACAAGACCUCACUUUCCUCCUUCACUACAUCUCACCGAGUUUCCUAACUCCAGAUAUGAUCAGCGACUUUCAGUCCUUUUUUGAAGAAUCCUCCAGCUUGGAACUCGAACAAUUCUUCAACGCCAAAUUCGCCGCCGAACUCAAGGACUAUAUCUCCUCAGUUGAACAGGACAGCUCACAAUCAGACGACACAGCCGUGGAGCAGGUAUCUGCUCACCCAUCCAAAUGGGCAGUCGCUCGCCCACCCCAUAAACAUCGAUAUGCCUAUCUUCAAGGCUCGGAAGCCUUACAUCAAGACAAAACCCCCAUUUCACGCAUUCUAACCGAUCUGCUGCACUCGCACGCAUUCAAGAAAUGGCUCGCUCUCGUGACCGGCAUCAGAGCCAAGAGUCUAGUCCGUCAGAACGCCAUUGCAAGGAGAUUCCGUCGUGGUAAGGACUACGCACUCGCGAAUCCAUAUCAGGGCGAUCAGCCACAACUGGAAUUCACCAUCUCCAUGACUCCAAGUGAGGGAUGGGAGGCGAAGAACGAAGAUGAAGAUGAGGAUGAGGAUGAAGGCGGAGAUAUCAAUCAUCAAGAAGACCAUGUCACAACUGCAGCUAUUGGUGCGCACGAGCGUUUGGCCAGUAACGGUGGAUCUAAAGGCCACAUUAAUGGCGAUGUCGAAGAUAAAUCCACGGGGAAAGGGAAAGGCAAAGCCCUCGAAACCCCAAAAGUCAAAGUUGAUCAACCAUCACAUAUCGAAUUCGGAGGUGAAGAGGCAUAUAUGGCAGGUGACGACGACGACGACAACGAAGAUGACAAUGAUGACCAGGAUAAUGAUAGAGAGAACACAUCAUCAUCCAAACCAUUACCAAGUGUUGGCAAAAGAUCCGACCCGGCGGUGUAUCGAUCUUCGAAUGGCGGUCAAGGUGGCGAUGAUGAUGAUGGUGGUAUUCUCUUUGCUAAUUCACCGGCAUGGAAUAAAUUCUCGGUCGUGCUCAGAGAUAAAGGUACUUUGAGGUUUGUGAAAUAUGUUAGUCGUGCCGCGGCGGGGGAUAGGUGGGAUGUUAAGGGCGAAGUGGAGUUGGCGGAGGAUGCUUUUGAUGGGGAUGGAGAAGAGGACGAGGAUGGGCCUGAGGAUGACGAUGAGGAGGAUGGGGAGGACGACGGGGAUGAGGAUGAUGAAGCGGAAUAGUGUGGUCCCAGAGAUGAGAUAGAUGUGGAUGAUGAUAAGCAGGACUAUCCUAGGAUAUUCUUGUCAAGUGAAUGGACGACUAACAGCGAGAUACGCUUGCCACAAAUGGAUGAACAUGGUUUGGAAAGAAGUGUGGAUUGUUCUUUUGGACCAUUGCAAAAACUAUGGUCUUCUUCUAUCAAUGCGUCAUAGCUAUGUGAUACCCAGUGCUCUGGGCAUCAUUGCAGAUCAAAGGGAAGUCUCCCGUUCCCCCAUAUCCCUCAUGACAUGUCUUCCUGGUCAGCGAGGUCCGGCAUGAACUUCUCGAAUCUUGGAUAACCUAGUCUGGUAACGUCUAUCGAGAUGUCCAAGUCAUGGGCGUUGCACGUCUCGUCUCGUCUCGUCUUGUGGGAAUCAUGGUAUCGAGUGGACUUCAUAGUCAGGUAUCCGAGAAAUCCCUC